AUGGAUGCCUAUUCUAUUCUUGAAAUUGUUCGAAAUAUUGUUUAUAGUGGAGUUUUAUUAAUCGCUCUUGUUUAUUCAUGUUUGAUUCUAUUGAUUUCACGUUUUCGUCAUCAAAAUAACAUGUUUAUACUUAAUCUUUGUGUAAAUACAAUGACUACUUGUAUAUAUUUUAUAAUUUAUUUUUAUGCUAUUUAUUAUGAUAUGCCACAAUCGAUGUGUAUUCUUUUUAAUUAUGCAUUCAAUAUUGCUAGUAUACAAAUUCCAUUUGCUUUCGUAGCAUUCACUGUUCAUCGAUUCUGUGUAAUUGUAUAUCAUACAAAAGCAUUAUUUAAAACGAAACAAUGGGUAGUAAUAUGUAUUUUAACUCAAUGGAUUGCUCAAUUUGUUAUCUCAUUACCAUUCGUUUUUGAAUAUUAUGAUGAUUGUACAAGUAAUACCGUAUGGAUGGGAUUUUAUACAUUGAUUACUGCUGUAAUUUUACCAUCAUCAAUCAAUAUGAUCUUGAAUAUUUGCAUAUUUAUUCAUGUUCGAAAAUCUUCUCUUCGUGUUCAUCCUAGACGUCUCAACACAAUAACAAAUGGAAUUAAUCAUCAACAAUCAAGAAUCAGUCGUCGAGAUAUUUCUCUAUUAAAACAGAUGAUUUUUACCUUUACAAUGUUUAUUAUUGGAUGGACUCCUGCUCUUGUUAUUAAUACAGUAGAUGUUAUGAUUUUUGUCAAUUUUGACGUACAAAUGGCGAGUGUAUAUUUAAGCGUAAUAUGUUUAUUAGCCGUUAUAAUCAAUUUAUUCAUAUAUAAUCAUGAAAUUAGACGAUAUCUAUUUGAUUCUAUUCGACGUUGUUUUCAUUGUUAA